AUGGGCCCACGCCGUCCACCACUCACCUCUCCUGAGCCAAGUCCGCCCGCACCACCCACUUCAUCCUCUCCCUUCGAGCCAGAACGUCCUAGAGAUACACCUUCGAAGUCAUCCACAACUAUUACUGAGUUCACUGCACCUCCGAUUGCGCGUCGCGUCGUAGCUAGAGCAUGCAACGUGACCCACCCACACUCGCUACACGCUGUCGCAGUGCGUCCAUCUUUUCACUCUUAUUGUCACUUGCUAAUCACUCUAAGCUCGUCUCACAGGCGCAGCCUCAAUCUCCACAACCUGCUCAACCUCAUUCCACACACACUCGCAGUUCAACUUGCAGGGACCGAGCAACGACCAAAACGUGGUGACGAAGACUACAUCGAACGGCCUGAGAAUGCGGUCAUCCUUGUCCAACACAAAUCCCACUCGCAGAAGAAUGAGGCAGAGGCAGCUGGUGGUGUAGGGGUUGGGACUGUAGAAAUGGCGUAUUAUUUACUAUUUUUGUAUUCUAUAAUUUAA